GCACGGACAGAUUGGAUCUUUUAGCAGACGCGAACGUUUCGUGUUGAAUUGCUUCACCUGAAGUGACAAUUCAUUUAACCACUGGUUACAUUGCAACAACGGCAGUGUCAAACCAAAGCUGCUGUCCUAGGCUUAAACAGAACAGUUAACCUCAGUAUUUUCCUUCAUAAUCAAAGCAAACAAACAAGCAGCAGCGGUAUUUUUAUCGUGCUGAAUCAUCACAAUGAUGUAUUUAGACGUUCUCAGAAUCCACCCCGAAAUAUGGCACCACCGGACAAAGGUCUGCUCGCUGGAUAAGGGUCGAUGUUUAUCAGUAACCAGAACAGAUGAGGGCCCAUAUAAGAGCCCGAUGGGGCUGGCAGUGGUGUGUGGACGGAGACAGGGAGUGGUGGAGCUCAGCUCUGAGAUUUAUCACCUCCUGCAUUGAGAAAAACCCACAGUGCAAGUGGACGCGGCUCUUGUGGCAUGACUACCACAAACAAGGGAAACAAAGCUUUGAAGGUGAAGCGGGAGCCAGGGGAAAAUGGCACCAGCCUGACUGAUGACGAGCUGGUGACCAUGUCCGUGCGGGAGCUGAACCAACAUCUACGGGGCCUGACCAAGGAGGAAAUCCUCCAGCUGAAGCAGCGGCGGCGCACCCUGAAGAACCGGGGCUACGCUGCCAGCUGCCGAGUGAAGCGUGUCACUCAGAAAGAGGAGCUGGAGAAGCAGAAGGCUCAGCUGCAGCAGGAAGUGGACAAGCUGGCCACAGAGAAUGCCAGCAUGAAGGUAGAGCUGGACGCUCUGCGUUCAAAGUACGAGGCCCUCCAGAGCUUUGCCAGGACUGUGGCCCGCAACCCUGUCACGUCAGCCAGGGGACCUAUGGCCUCUGUCAUAGGACCCCUCAUCCCUGGUAAAGUAGCUGCCACCAGCGUCAUCACCAUCGUCAAAUCCAAAACAGAGGCUAGGUCGUAGUAGCAGAAAGGAUCAGGGGAAGAUUUAAUGCUAAAUAAGUCUGUGCAUUAUAACAUGGCAAAGGAUUACCCACAAAAGUUCUCAGUUUUACACUUCGUCACUGAAACUUACAAAGAUCUCCCUAACCUCAUCCUCAAGGCCAAGUCUGUACCUGUCAACAGACUUAUCCUGUUAACGUACAACAAUCAAAUUGUACGAUUUAGCAGCUGGUAAUGUGAGAUUUGCCACAUUUGUGUCAAUACUGAUACAUCUACCUUUAAAAAACAGAUUGUGUUUACUAAUAAUCAAGGAGGCAAUAUCUGGCGGUAAAGGUAUAGUAUGUCUUGUAUCUGUUUCCUUAAGACAGAGCUCUCAAGAUUAUUCCGUCCUAGGAAUUGGCUUUUUCCGAGUCCCACAGCUCAUCACAACCAGAGGUGAAAGUCUCCUCUCCCAGUUGAUAACAAAAACUGAAGUAAAGACCCAUACAUGAUUUAUCAGUAUUAACCCUUUCCUUGUUAUAAUGCACUGACUUAAAUUGGGAUGCAUUACAAACAUGGUGUGGAUGCUACAGAUGUCUUCAAAACUGCCUGACUAACCUAAAACCAGUUACUCAGCCCAAUUUGCAAUUUUUGUUGGUUGUCUGUCAAGAGAAUAUAAGCUUGAAAUAAUGCUCCCAAGUCUAGCAUUCAUUUCUGUUUAUGCAUCUGAGACAGGCUUUAAUGAACUUGUCAUUAUCAAUAUGACUGGUAGAUGCAAUAAUAUAUGUAUGCACUGAAAAUACAAAGAGGUCUUGCAUAUUUAUGGUCAAGUGGAAACAUUGAAAAAAUGAUCAGCAGUUCGUAACGAUAUUGUUCUGGAGCUGAGUGCCAUUCCAGUACGACGAGAUUCUUCUACAAUAUCUGGAAACCUGAAUGUCAUAACAGUAAUAUCCUCGUGUUUUGUGGGGACAGUGAAAACCACAAACAUUUUGAAACAUCAUUUUUGCUCAUAGAGAAAAUAUGUUCAAGUUGUUUUGUUUAAAAGAUAUAUAUAUAUUGCAUUUUUUGUAAUUACUUGUUGACAGGGCCGUCAGAUAUUUCCAAAAGAAAAUCUUUACACAAGCUUUACUGUUUGAAUUGUUAAGGUGUAGAAAACUUUGUCUAAUGUUGAGUUCUUGGUUUUUAUUACUAGGUAGAAAAACUUCCAUUGUUUAUAUAAAUACAGAUAAGGAAAACAUAAAAAAAAAAUCCUGUGACAUCUUUUUUGCAAUUGUACCGACAGUGGCUUACUAUUGAAGUCUGAUAGCUUUUUUCUAGUGACUAGGCGCGUACUGUGGGGUAGCGCGUGCUGUGAUGUGUAAGUGACAAGUUGGCAGUGUCGUUCACUGUAUAGAUGUCAAUGCUGUGCUAUUUAAAACAAAUCUGUAGAGCUAAACUAGGUGGUGUAAACAAGGUCAAUUGUCUUUGUGCGUAUUGGCAUCUGUGAUAUCCUCCGCUUCCUUGGUGUUAGUUACAAAUCAUUUUGUCAUUAAAAGUUUACCACACUGA